GCUCCAGAUGGCGUCUUCUGUGGGCAACGUGGCCGACAGCACAGAACCAACGAAACGUAUGCUUUCCUUCCAAGGGUUAGCUGAGUUGGUACAUCGAGAGUAUCAGGCAGGAGAUUUUGAGGCAGCUGAGAGACACUGCAUGCAGCUGUGGAGACAAGAGCCAGACAAUACUGGAGUACUUUUAUUACUUUCAUCUCUACACUUCCAGUGUCGAAGGCUGGACAGAUCUGCCCACUUUAGUACUCUGGCAAUUAAACAGAACCCUCUUCUGGCAGAAGCCUAUUCGAAUUUGGGGAAUGUGUACAAGGAAAGAGGGCAGUUGCAGGAGGCAAUUGAGCAUUACCGGCAUGCAUUGCAUCUCAAACCAGAUUUCAUCGAUGGUUAUAUUAACCUGGCAGCCGCUUUGGUAGCAGCAGGCGACAUGGAAGGGGCAGUACAAGCUUACGUCUCUGCUCUUCAGUGCAAUCCUGAUUUGUACUGUGUUCGCAGUGACCUGGGGAACCUGCUCAAAGCCCUGGGUCGCUUGGAAGGAGCCAAGGCAUGUUAUUUGAAAGCAAUGGAGACGCAACCGAACUUUGCAGUAGCUUGGAGUAAUCUUGGCUGUGUUUUCAAUGCACAAGGGGAGAUUUGGCUUGCCAUUCAUCACUUUGAAAAGGCUGUCACGCUUGACCCCAAUUUUCUGGAUGCUUAUAUCAAUUUAGGAAAUGUCUUGAAAGAGGCACGGAUUUUUGACAGAGCUGUGGCAGCUUACCUUUGUGCCCUAAGCUUGAGCCCAAAUCAUGCAGUGGUACAUGCCAACCUGGCUUGUGUAUACUAUGAGCAAGGCCUGAUGGAUCUGGCAGUAGACACCUACAGGCGAGCUAUUGAAUUGCAACCACAUUUCCCUGAUGCUUACUGCAACCUAGCCAACGCCCUGGAAGAGAAGGGCAGUGUUGCCGAAGCAGAAGAGUGUUAUAAUACAGCUCUGCGGCUGUGUCCCACCCAUGCAGACUCUCUGAAUAACCUAGCCAAUAUCAAAGGAGACCAGGGAAACUUUGAAGAGGCAGUUCGCUUGUAUUGUAAAGCAUUAGAAGUCUUCCCAGAGUUUGCUGUUGCCCAUUCAAAUUUAGCAAGUGUAUUGCAGCAGCAGGGAAAACUGCAGGAAGCUCUGAUGCAUUAUAAGGAGGCUGUUCGAAUCAGUCCUACCUUUGCUGAUGCCUACUGUAACAUGGGAGACACUCUAAAGGAGAUGCAGGAUGUUCAGGGAGCCUUGCAGUGUUAUACUCGUGCCAUUCAGAUUAACCCUGCACUUGCGGAUGCCCACAGCAAUCUGGCUUCCAUUCACAAGUAUUCAGGGAAUAUUCCAGAAGCAAUUGCUUCUUAUCGCACUGCUCUGAAGCUUGAACCUGAUUUUCCUGACGCUUAUUGUGAUUUGGCUCAUUGCCUGCAGAUUGUCUGUGAUUGGACAGACUAUGAUGAGCGAAUGAAGAAGUUGGUCAGCAUUGUGGCUGACCAGCUGGAGAAGAAUAGGUUGCCUUCUGUGCAGCCUCAUCAUAGUAUGCUCUAUCCUCUUUCUCAUGGCUUCAGGAAGGCUAUUGCUGAGAGCCAUGGGAACCUCUGCUUGGAUGAGAUCAGUGUCCUUCAUAAACCACCGUACGAACAUCCAAAAGACUUGAAGCUCAGUGAUGGUCGACUGCGUGUAGGAUACGUGAGUUCUGACUUCGGGAAUCAUCCUACUUCUCAUCUUAUGCAGUCUAUUCCAGGCAUGCACAAUCCUGAUAAAUUUGAGGUAUUCUGUUAUGCCCUGAGCCCAGAUGAUGGCACAAACUUCCGAGCGAAGGUGAUGGCAGAAGCCCAUCAUUUCAUUGAUCUUUCUCAGAUUCCAUGCAAUGGGAAAGCAGCUGAUCGCAUCCAUCAAGACGGUAUACACAUCCUUGUAAAUAUGAAUGGUUAUACCAGGGGUGCUCGAAAUGAACUCUUUGCUCUCAGGCCAGCUCCUAUUCAGGCAAUGUGGCUGGGCUACCCUGGGACCAGUGGCGUGCUUUUCAUGGAUUAUAUCAUCACUGAUCAGGAAACUUCACCUGCUGAAGUUGCUGAGCAGUAUUCUGAGAAACUGGCUUAUAUGCCCCAUACUUUCUUUAUUGGUGAUCAUGCUAAUAUGUUCCCUCACCUGAAGAAGAAGGCAGUCAUCGAUUUUAAGUCCAAUGGGCACAUUUAUGACAAUCGGGUUGUGCUGAAUGGCAUCGACCUCAAAGCAUUUCUUGAUAGUCUCCCAGAUGUGCAGAUUGUCAAGAUGAAAUGUCCUGAUGGAGGAGACAACGCAGACAGCAGUAAUACGGCUCUUAAUAUGCCUGUCAUUCCUAUGAAUACUAUUGCAGAGGCAGUUAUUGAAAUGAUUAACAGAGGACAAAUUCAGAUAACAAUUAAUGGAUUCAGUCUUAGCAAUGGACUGGCAACUACCCAGAUCAACAUUAAGGCUGCCACUGGAGAGGAGGUUCCCCGUACCAUUAUUGUAACCACACGUUCUCAGUACGGGUUACCGGAAGAUGCCAUUGUGUACUGUAACUUCAAUCAGUUAUAUAAAAUUGACCCAUCUACUUUGCAGAUGUGGGCAAAUAUUCUGAAGCGUGUUCCCAAUAGUGUGCUGUGGCUGUUGCGUUUUCCAGCAGUAGGAGAACCUAAUAUUCAACAGUAUGCACAAAAUAUGGGCCUUCCCCAGAAGCGUAUCAUUUUUUCACCUGUUGCUCCUAAAGAGGAACAUGUUCGGAGAGGCCAGCUGGCUGAUGUCUGCUUGGACACUCCACUCUGUAAUGGACACACCACAGGGAUGGAUGUCCUUUGGUCAGGGACACCCGUGGUGACUAUGCCAGGAGAGACUCUUGCUUCCCGAGUUGCAGCUUCCCAGCUCACUUGUUUAGGCUGUCUUGAGCUUAUUGCUCAAAAUAGACAAGAAUAUGAAGACAUAGCUGUGAAACUGGGAACUGAUCUAGAAUACCUGAAGAAAAUUCGUGGCAAAGUCUGGAAGCAGAGAACAUCUAGCCCUCUGUUCAACACCAAACAAUACACAAUGGACCUAGAGCGGCUCUAUCUACAGAUGUGGGAGCAUUACGCAGCUGGCAACAAACCUGAUCACAUGAUUAAGCCUGUUGAAGUCACUGAGUCGGCCUAAAUAAUGACUGUGUGCACAGGAGAAUUACCCUGUACCUGAGCCUCAACCUUCUGGGGGAAAGGGAACUACUUUUUCCUUAUCUGUACAAUACCAUGCUGCAGAUGGGUGACAGACAAUGAUAAGAAAUAGCACAGCCAGACUUGCUUCCUGCAUGAUCAUGAUCACGAUAGGGAGAGACACAAGAGAUGGGAAACUGCUGUUCCACAAGGAGUCUCCAUAGAAUUUUGCAGCAGCCAGGUGUCUGGAAGGUCUGGAAGGUAAGUCUGGAAGGUCUGAUCUCCCUUGGUCUUCCAUGGGAUGGAUGGUUAGUGUGGAAGGGAGAUAGAGAUUGCCCAGCCGUUUUGUGAUUAUCGUGGAUUGAUUGAGUCUUCUGAAUUAAUAUUUUUCUUUAUAUUUUGGGUAUUGGAGCUUUUAAAAAUGUUUGGUUUCAGGUAUUUUUAUUCAUGUGAAGUGUGUACGAUUCUCUUGAGAUAAGCUUUUAAGCUAAAAUAUUCCUUGUUUUAGUUUCUGAACUCGACAGAUAAAUGGGGACUUUGCUGGUAUAGUCUUUUUAUAGGUUUUGUAAACCACUUGAGCCUAUAUCAGUCAUUUUAGUGUCUGACAUAAUGUUCGGAACUAUCAGUGCUUUGUUGGUUUAUAGAUGAUGGCUUAAAUUCUUUUCCUGGUCUGUUUCCUUCUUCCCUUCCCCCUACUUUAAAAAUUCUCCUGUAACUUGGCUAACAAAAAACCAAGUCUGAUUCAAAACCUCCCAGAGUGUUUCUCUUAACCGCAUCAUCUGGUGCCAAAUGAAGAUUCUUAGGAGUGAUUAUUAAUUCUGAAGGGCACAGUUGUGGUACUGUCACUGAUGAUAAUAAUAAUGGAUUUUUGGCCUAGAGUUUUGACCUAUUUCACCAGUGUUUUACCGUUGGCUGCCCCUCUAUGCUGCUUCCAAAAGUCAUAGUGUGUGUUAAGAUUUUUACUUUCAUUUCUAAUGUUUGUUUGUUUUUUUUAGUGAGUCCUGUUCUACCUUUUUCUUUCAGCAGAAAUGAAAUCCCAGGUAAGUAUAAGUAUUCAAAUAUUUGAUCAGUAAGUCACAGUUAUCUCCAGUACAUUAAAUAACUUUCAUCAAAAAACAUGUUAUAGGUAAAAAGCUCUGAAGGACCAGCUAUGUAUAUGAUAAUUAUGUUUCAGACCUUCUAGGGUAUUAUAUAUAAUAACUUGUCUUCUGGACGUGGUCUUGAAGUCUUUAUGGAUUCAGUCUCAGUAGUAGCGAACUGCACUGCUACUUGGUUUGGAGUACAAAUUAGACUUUAGCCCUCCUGGAGGUUGAGUUUUUGGUAUUGAAAACCAUAGGAAUGAAAUUAUUGUAUUUCAACAAAGGAUCGAGGGCUUGAGGCUUAAACAAGGCAACAUACGUGUGGGAAGCAGUCAGCCUUGAGGGCAGGUAAGGACAUGCCAGGCAUGCGGCCGCUGCUCGAAGGGACUGUCCCUACUUGUUCCCCUCCUUGUUCCAUUCCAUGGGAGAUAAAUCACCAGAGCCCAGAGAUCAGAAAGAAUGUAAAAUGAGACAAGCAAAGCUGUCUCCCCCCUGCACAUGCAGGUUAUUUUUGAUGCUUCUGGGUUUAUGGGUUUCCUCCCAGGGAAGUUAACCUUGAGCCGAGAAAGUCUGUAGAUAAUGUAAACCACCAUCUGGCAACCUUCCGAUUUCUAGUCUAUAUAAUCUGCAACUGUAGCAUAAUAAAAUUUGCCUUGCAACCAUCAGUUGUCUUGGUCCUUCUGACCCCAUCUGUCGGUGCUACUUCAGUUCCUUACCCCUUCCCUUCUGACCCUGGGCGGUGAGAUCCUCUUUCUCCGGCUGGUCCGCGGCAAGUGGCACUCGAACAGGGACCUGAAGCGUGAAGGCAAUUAAAAGAAAAAGAAAGUGCAGGUAAGAGAACCCUUAUGCAAAAUAUGUGUGGCCACCAGUAAAAGUGAAACGAAUAGAGGCAUAAGGCAAUAGUCAGAAGUAAAAUAAGAUGGGGCAAAAGGGCUCAAAGAUGUAUGAAUUAUUUGCUCAGGUUUUACUUUUGAUGCUUAGAGCUCGGGGUAAUAAAGUUUCUGAACUUUAUUGUUGACUGAAUUUUUACAGCAUAUCCAUGGUGUAUCUCCCUGGUUUCCUGAUGGCGGCUCUGUUGACAUAGAAAUCUGGCAGAAAGUUGGAGAAGAUUUAAAAAAUUAUUACGAGUCUCGAGGGCCUACUCAUACUCCUGUUGUUACAUAUAGUUUGUGGACUCUGAUAAAAAUAUGUUUAGAUUCUUCUCAUGAUAGUGUUGAUUUGAAUGUAAAGUCAGAAAAACAUAAGCCUCUGACAGAAGGAGAGACUGUAUUAUCAACUACUGUGUCGCCACUUCCUAAACCGAAAGAGCUAAUUAAUUUAAAUAUUUUAGAUGAAGAGGAACAUUUUGACUUAACAGAUGAGGCUUGUAAACAUAAAAGAGAGAAAUAUCCUGAGGAUGAUUUUCUAAUGGCUGUGAUAGAGAAGUCAGUGAAAAAGCUGCAGGUUAAUAAGGACUGUCUUCCUCAAAAAUCCACAUCUGUAAAAAUGCUCAGUCCCUUGCAGCGCGCUGUACAAGGAGCAAUAAAACGAGGAGAAGAUCCUAUUUUCUGUUGUCCCGUCAUAGAAAGACCUGAUCCUAAUAAUCCUCAACAAGCUACUAGGGAGCAUCAGGCUCUCCCUUUGAAAGUUUUGAAAGAUUGAAAAUCUGCCUGUGCUCAAUAUGGGCCCACUGCUCCUUUUACUACUGCUAUGGUUGACAGGAGAAGCUCUUCCCCCCGCUGAUUGGAAGUCUAUUGCACGAGCUUGUUUAAAUGGUGGAGAUUAUUUAAUAUGGAAGUUUGAUUUUUAUGAACGGGCUGCUGAACAAGCAGAAAAGAAUGCUGCCCAUAAUAUUCCAGUUGAUUAUCAUAUGCUGAUUGGGGAAGGACAAUAUCUUUCUUUACAAGAUCAAUUAACUUAUCCCUUUGUUGCUUAUCCUCAAAUAAAUCAUUUGGCAUUACAAGCCUGGAGGAAAUGACCUUCUACACACAAAACUGAAGAUCUUUCAAAACUUAGACAGGGACCUGAUGAACCAUAUGCUGAUUUUGUAGAUAGGUUGUCACAGGCGGUGGGGAGACUCAUUGUGGACGGACUCACUGGUACGAUUGUAGUUAAGCAACUUGCUUUUGAAAAUGCUAAUAAUGAGUGUCAGGCUGCGAUUCGACCUUGGAGAAAACGGGGAACAUUGGAGGAUUAUAUUCACCUUUGUGCAGACAUUGGGCCUACUUAUAUACAGGGUGCUGCUGUGGCUGCAGCAUUAACUAAAGUGGGGUUUAAAAACAAUCAAAAGAAAACAAAGACUUGUUUUAAAUGCGGAAAGGCAGGUCCUUUUGCUAGAGAAUGUAGAUCUUUUAAUUCUAACCCUAGUCCUUCCUUCCCUACUCAAAAACCUCCAGAUGGUCAGAAAAUCCCUGGUUUAUGCCCUAAAUGCAAUAGGGGAAAACAUUGGGCACAAGAUUGUUGCUCAGUGGCCCACAAGGAUGGGCCACCACUGUCGGGAAACUCUUCCCAGGGCCUUCCCCGGCCCCAACAAAUAAUAAGCGCAAUGUCUGUGUAUCCUCCUCAAAUUAUCAAUCAGACAUUAACCAAAAACAAAAACAUACAAUAUCCUCGCUCUCCAGAGCAACACCAGGAAGCGCAGGACUGGAGCUCAGUACCUCCGCCCGAUAUGUAUUAACUCCUGAAAUGGGUCCUCAGGCCCUCUCUACGGGCAUCUGUGGACCUUUACCCAAGGGUUUGAUGGGACUAUUAUUGGGAAGAAGUAGUGUCACCAUGAAAGGUUUAACUGUUAUGCCAGGAGUCAUAGAUUCUGACUACGAAGGAGAAAUAAAAGUCAUGGCACAAACUAUUAAAAAUAUAAUAACUAUUUCUCCUGGUGAUAAAAUUGCACAAUUGCUACUUUUGCCCUUUGUACCUCAUGGACAAAUUUUACAACAUCAAAAGAGAGAAACAAAGGCUUUUGGAUCGUCUGAUGCUGCCUACUGGAUUCAGAAGAUAGGGAAAGAACGUCCAGAAAUGAAAUGAACCAUUAAUGGAAAGGUUUUUUCAGGUUUGUUAGACACUGGAGCUGAUGUCUCUGUUAUGACGCAGGUACACUGGCCUAAACGUUGGCCCAUUAGUCCUACUAUUACAGAACUUCACGGAAUAGGACAAAGUUCUUCUCCUAUGCAAAGUAGUCAGUUUUUUUUAUGGCAAGAUAGUGAGGGCCAUUCAGGAUAUUUCCAGCCUUAUGUUUUGCCUGGGCUGCCUUUAAACCUCUGGGGCCGAGAUAUAUUAAAAGAAAUGGGAGUAUUACUUUAUAGUCCAAACUCUCAAGUCUCUAAUAUGAUGUUGGAUCAAGGAUUUCUUCCCACAAAAGCGCUGGGAACAAAUCAACAAGGAACUGUCUAUCCUAUUGAUGUGAAAAUAAAAAAUGAUAGACAAGGUUUGGGUUUUUCUUAGGGGCCUUGGAUUCUCCACUCACUGCUGAUCCAAUUACUUGGCUGACUGAUGACCCUGUAUGGGUGGACCGAUGGCCCCUCACAAAGGAGAAAUGAGAAGCUGCAGAACAAUUAGUACUGGAACAAUUAGGUCAUUUAGAAAUUUCCAGUAGUCCUUGGAAUACUCCUAUUUUUAUUAUCAAGAAAAAAUCUGGAAAAUAUAGGUUAUUACAGGAUCUAAGAGCUGUUAAUAAAACUAUGCUAAUAAUGGGAGCUCUUCAACCAGGCCUACCCUCUCCAACAGCCAUACCACACAAUUAUCAUCUUUUAGUUAUAGAUUUAAAAGAUUGUUUUUUCACUAUUCCUUUGUUUCCUGAAGAUAGAAAACAUUUUGCUUUUAGCUUGCCUGCCUUAAAUUUUAAGGAACCCAUGAGGAGAUUUCAAUGGAAAGUAUUGCCUCAGGGCAUGGCAAAUAGUCCUACAUUAUGCCAAAAAUAUGUGGCUCAGGCCUUGACUCCUGUGAGAAAAAGGUUUCCAUCGUUAUAUCGCAUACAUUAUAUGGAUGAUAUACUUUUAGCCACUGAUAAUAUUUCUUUAUUAGAGACUGCUUUUCAAUUUUUACAACAGUCCUUACAAUCAUUUGGCUUGGUCAUUGCCUCAAGAAAACUUCAAAGACAAUCUCCAUUUUUAUAUUUGGGAAAAUAUAUUGAUAACACUACUAUUAGGCCUCAAAAACUGCAAAUUCGAGUUGAUAAUUUAAAAACAUUAAAUGCUUUUCAAAAAUUACUUGGAGAUAUUAAUUGGCUAAGGCCUGCCUUAAAACUUACUACUGCUCAAUUACAGCCUUUGUUUGAUAUUCUUAAAGGUGACUCAGAUCCUUCUUCUUCACGCUCUAUGACUCCAGAAGGAUUUCAAGCUUUACAAAUAGUCAAUAGAUCUAUCAGUUCUACACAAUUAACUAGAAUUCAUACUCACCUUCCUAUUAAUAAUUUGUCCAACUCCUCAUGUGCCUACUGCCGUCUUAUGGCAAACUGUUGGAAUUAUUGAAUAGAUUCAUAUGAAAUCUACACCCUCUAAAGUUAUUAACCCUUAUUAUGAACUUAUUAGUAAUUUAAUAAUGCAAGGUAGAACUAGAUGCUUACAACCUAUAAGUAUAGAACCUUCUCAAAUUAUUAUCCCUGAUUCAGUUAGUCAACAAAAUUGGCUUUUUCAACAUAGUAAUGAAUGGGGUCUUGCUCUUGCAGGAUUUUCAGGUACCUUGGAAUGCCAUUACCCUGCUGAUAAAUUGAUCCAAUUCAGCAAACUUAACUCAUAUCUUUCCUUCUAUAAUUAGGCAACAGCCUGUCCCUCAUGUACCUUUGGUUUUUACGGACGGUUCUUCUUCAGGAGUGGCUACUGUAAUCAUUGACGACGGAACAAACCUCGUUAAAGAAACUUCCUUGACUUCAGCUCAACGUGUUGAACUCUUAUUCGUUCCCAUGAUGGUCCUGUUGCAGGUCUGUAUAUCCGUGCUCAUUCUAACUUGCCUGGUCCAUUGACUAAACUUAAUGCGACUGCAGAUGUUUUAACUCGAUCUAAACGUGAUCUUUAUCCUGUACAUUUUCCUCCCAAGAAUAGAGUUGAAGUUACUCCUCCUCCUCAAUCUCUUUUCCCUAAAGCAGGACAUGUCCCAAUUUACCGUACUCCUCCUUUCCGUUCGUCAUGCUGUCAAGAAUGGCUAAUAUACUGCAUUCAUUAUCUCCAUACUCUUGAUACUCAUGGUCCAUGUCCUGGACACCCUCAUAUUAUGGUAAGUUAUGAUCAAACUGCUUCACAAGCAGCACAGCAGUUGCACGCUUUACACCGUCAGUCAGCGGCUACAUUACACACACAAUUUUCCCUUACUCGUGAAGCCGCCCCACAAAUUGUUAAGCAAUGCACACAAUGCUUACCUCACCUUCCUGUUCCACAUUAUGUUGUUAAUCCUCGUGGAUUAUUACCUAGACAUUUAUGGCAAAUGGAUGUUACUCAUAUCCCGUCUUUUGGGAAAUUACAGUUUGUUCAUGUCACUAUCGAUACUUAUUCUGGUUUCCUCUGUGCUACAGCACAGACCGGAGAAGCGACUAAACAUGUUAUCACUCAUUUAUUACACUGUUUUGCUUUCAUGAACCUUCCCAAAAUUAUUAAAACCGAUAAUGGGCCCGCUGCUUUUGCAACAUUUUGUAAUUCAUUACAAAAUUACCCAUAUUACAGGCAUUCCAUAUAACCCUCAAGGACAAGGUAUUAUAGAACGUGCAAAUAGAUCUUUAAAGCUAACUAUUGAAAAAAUAAAAAGGGGGGAAUUGUAUAGAACAACGCCACAUAACCUUAUAAAUGAUGCUCUGUUUAUUUUAAAUGUUCUCACUGUUGACAAAUUUGGCUGCUCUGCAGGGGGAAGGUUGGUGGCUGAGCCAAGAUUGGCCUCUCAAUCUCCGGAGGUCCUCUGGAAAGAUCCGUUAACCAGCACUUGGCGUGGUCCUGAUCCUGUGUUGAUUUGGGGACGUGGUCACGUGUGUAUGUUUCCCAGAUCAGCGCCUGGACCUCGCUGGCUUCCUGAGCGCUUAGUCAAGCAAAUAGAUGGCUCGCCACAGCUCACCUAGUUCAGAAGAUGAAGAAGCUCUGCACCUCUCCUGAAAAUUUGACAGUGUUGAUUGAGAAAAAGAAGAAGAGGAGACCACUUGCCAGGACGACCCAAAGGAGUGAUGUUCCAACUUGGGGAAAAAUUAAACAACUGGUUUCAUGAGCUCAAGAGUCAGUGAAACAACAGAAUAACCCUGUUACACCUGUAACUUUAUUUUUGGCUAUGUUGGCAACCAUUUCAUGUGUUUCCUCUGUUAAUGCAGCAACUUACUGGGCCUAUGUACCUGAUCCUCCACUAUUACAACCCAUAUCUUGGUCUGAAGCAGAGUUUCCUGUAUUUUACAAUGAUAACUGUUUAUGGGCCUCUUAUUGGGAAUAUAAAACAAAUCAAUAUGUCUGUAAAUUAUACUAACUGGUUUAGUACCCAUCCUGUCUGUCUUAGCCCAUUGAAUCUGGAAACUGGAUGUGUAAAGGCUAUUAGUUAUGAGCAUACAGAUGUUUAUGAGGGAACGGAUCAAUCAAUUAGUUUGUCAGGCUCUCCAGGCAUCCUUCGUUUUACAGGAACCAACAUUACUCUUACAUGCCACGCUACCAGCCGACGAGAGGAUCUUAAGGAUACCAUCAUUUGGUAUAAAAUGGGCAAGCUAUUAAUAUUAGAGGUCAAAUCUCAUACGCCUCACCACUUAGGGAUUCCGCUAUUACUAUAGCCAAGGUUACAGGUGAAGAUUCAGGAAAUUAUUUCUGUAUGAAGCGUUUACUUGGAGGACAAGGGAUACUUAUAGCUGGACAUAAGGUUACUAUGCUUAACAGAAAAUCAAAAAAUCAAUUGCCUCCCUUUAUGACCGUUAACUUUCCUGGAUCCACUUUUGAACGUUGCAAUGCAUCUUGGAAUAAUAACCAAAUAUGGUGUACUAUAGAUUAUACCAAGGUGUCAAUUCUUAUCUCUUCUUUUCCCAUCAUAGAUAGGUUUAUCACAUUUCAAAAGAACUGGGAUAUAUGGAAACUAGCUCUAACUUAUUCCAAUACACCUGUUAUAACUUGUGUUGCUCCUCCAUAUACACGUUUGUGUGGUUCUAUUAACAUUGGUAAUUCUUCCAAAGGAGCAUAUAAUAUUAGCUGUGUUAAUUGUAUUUUUAGCAGUUGUAUGUUCCCUUCUGCAGGAACACAAUCUGUGCUUAUACUAAAGCAACCCAUGUAUGUUAUGGUGCCUGUACAUCUGAGAGAACCUUGGUAAGAAGAUACUGGAGUACAGGCAUGGAUGGAACUCUCUAAAGCCUUGCAGAGAAGGAGACGUUUUCUUGGGUGGCUAAUAGUAAGUUUACUUGCGUCGGCUGCUCUGUCUGCUACCGUGGCUACUGCGGGUCUUGCUCUUUCACAGAGUAUUCAUCAUGCUCACUUUGCUAAUCAGUUAUCUCAACAUAGCAGUCUUGCUUUAUCUUUACAAAGUCACAUAUAUUUACAGAUUAAUAACAAGUUAGAUGAAUUUAAAAACGCAAUUUUGGGGAUUGGAGAUCAGAUGGCAGCAUUAAAAUUGAGGAUGUGUUUAGCUUGUCAUGCAACGUAUACAUGGAUGUGUGUUGCUCCUUAAAAGUACAGUGACUGUAUUUGGGAAUGGGAAAAAGUAAAAAUGCAUCUGCUGAGUGUUUGGUCAGAUAAUAAUAUUAGUCUUGAUCUUAAGAAAUUAAAUGCUGAAAUUCAGGAUAUACAAAAUACACAUCUUGAUGAUGUUUCACCAGAAGAUGUAAUUCAAACUUUACUGGAUCAUUUAAAGUGGUUAAACCCUCAGUCUUGGAUUACUGGAAGGUUGUCAGGAUUUAUUACCCUGGCCAUAAUUUGCCUAUUAUUGAUAAUAAUCUUCUCAUGUCUGUUUCGUAUCCUCAUGCAACAGUACACUACUCUCGGCACUAAACUUCAUGGAAUUAUUUUGCAGCAAAAGUUAAAAAAUAAAAAUGGGGGACCUGUGGGAAGCAGUCAGCCUUGAGAGCAGGUAAGGACAUGCUAGGCAUGCCGCCGCUGCUCGAAGGGACUGUCCCUACUUGUUCCCCUCCUUGUUCCAUUCCAUGGGAGAUAAAUCACCAGGGCCCAGAGAUCAGAAAGAAUGUAAAAUGAGACAAGCAAAGCUGUCUCCCCCCUGCACAUGCAGGUUAUUUUUGAUGCUUCUGGGUUUAUGGGUUUCCUCCCAGGGAAGUUAACCUUGAGCCGAGACAGUCUGUAGAUAAUGUAAACCACCAUCUGGCAACCUUCCUUUUUCUAGUCUAGAUAAUCUGCAACUGUAGCGCAAUAAAAUUUGCCUUGCAACCAUCA